AUGGCGCACGCCUCCUCCAGCGCCAACCUUAGCGUCUCGAACAUCUUCAGCUUCAAGGACCAUGUUUGCCUUGUGACAGGAGGUGCCACCGGACUGGGUGAGAUGGCAGCACAGGCGUUCGUGCAGAACGGCGCCAAAGUCAUCAUCGCCAGCCGAAAGGAAUCAGAGCUGAAGAAGACCGCGGACCGUCUUAACCAGCUUGGACCUGGCAGGUGCGACUAUGUGACUGCGGAUUUGAAGGAUAAGGCCGGCUGUCUUGACUUGUGCAAGAAGGUUAAGCAGAAGACUGACCGCUUGACCGUGCUGUUGAACAACUCCGGGGCGACGUGGGGCGGCGCAUACGAUGACUUUCCGGAGUCCGGCUGGGACAAGAUCUACGCUCUUAACGUCAAGGCCAUGUUCUAUACCACCGUCGGCCUGGACGCUGAGCUCAAGAAGGGCGCCUCAGCCGGCAACCCCUCCCGCGUUAUCAACAUCGCCUCCAUGGCGGGCGUCCAGACUACGGAUGUCACAACUGGCUCUGAAGGCGGUCUCUCUGCUCCAGGCCACGGGACGUUCUCCUAUGGCCCAAGCAAGGCUGCUUGCAUUCACUUGACGAAGAUGCAAGCGAGCAAGCUCAUGCCGGAGCAUGUGACGGUGAACGUGAUCUGUCCUGGUGUCUUUCCGAGCCGGAUGACGGCGUAUGGGUUCGAGAGUGCGAUGGAUACCUUGGUCUCUGGGCAGCCGUCUGGUAGGGUGGGCAAGCCGGAGGACUUUGCUGGUGUGGUGUUAUUCUUGAGUUCGAUGGGGGCGGCGCAUAUGACUGGGAAUGUGAUUGAGUUGGAUGGCGGGAGUACGCAGAGCGGGUUUAGGUCGAAGAGGAAGGAGAGGGCGAAUAUGUAG